AUUGUGAAGUCGCCUCUAACUCCGUAUUACCCUAAUGUUUUGUAUAUACACGCAUUUGAAAACAACGAAGGGCUAGUUUGUGCUUCUCGAAGUAGACGCUGUCCUGACAGCAAUACACUGAAGUUGAAAACCGGCAGCUACACGACAAUGACGGACUACGCAGAAGAGCAAAGGAAUGAACUGGAAGCUAUGGAGUCCAUUUAUCCAGACUCUUUCACAGUGCUUUCAGAUGAUCCGACCAGCUUUGCCAUCACUGUAACGUCAAAUGCAGGGGAAAAUGGUGAAACAGUGGAAGCUACAUUUAAAUUCACUUACGUAGAGAAAUACCCAGAUGAGCCUCCUUUGUUGGAGAUCCACUCUCAUGAGAAUCUGGAGGACAGUGACAUGGAGGACAUUCUCACCUUACUGCAGAAACAGGCAGAAGAAAACCUGGGCAUGGUGAUGAUUUUCACUCUGGUUACAGCUGUUCAGGAGAAACUCAACGAAAUUGUAGAUGUGAUGAAAAACAGAAGAGAGGAGGAGAAACGGCGGAAAGAAAAAGAGGCAGAGGAAGCAGAGAAGGUAGCAUUCCAGGGCACAGUGGUAACCAUUGAAAACUUCCUGGCAUGGAAAGCCAAUUUUGAGCGGGAGGUGACCGAGCUGAGAAGGAGAAAACAGAAGGAGGAGGAGCAGGCAGGAAAACCCAAACUCAGUGGUAAACAGCUGUUUGAGAGAGACCACAACCUGGACACAUCUGAUAUUCAGUUUCUUGAAGACGCUGCAAACAAUGUUGAAGUGGAUGAGUCACUAUUCCAGGAGAUUGAGGACUUGGACUUGGAUGAGGACGAUCCAGAUUUUGACCCUUUAGAGAUGGGCAGUGAUGAGGACUGAAACGAGAAUAGGACAAAAUACUGCCAAGGUUUGACAGGACUUCAGCUGCUCCUCUCUGGAAUAUGAUGAUCUGAUGAGAGACAUUAAGAAGAUCUACAAAUGCAUUUCUUUUUUGAAGCACAGUUGUAGAGGGAAUCUCCAUGAAUACAGUACACACAUGAAUAUUCAUUUUCAUGACUGAACAAUUAAAUACACAACAUAUGUGGCUAUGUUUCUGUUUGACAUACAGAGUCAAUAAGUAAUCAGUUGCUUAGUGAGGUUCUACUAAAAUUAUAUGAAUAUAAUCCAUUACAAGUAAGAUUACAGGAUUCAAACUCUUACUUAAGUAAACUGCAGGAAACUGUAUUUUCAACCAUGAAAAUUAAAAAUACUCAUGGAGAUUGACCUGUUUUCAAGUUUAUUGAUGUAAACAGCCUUUUUAUAUUGUCAUUGGUUCAGGGUGAGGUCAUUUGCACAAAUUAGUACAUGGUUAUGAGUACAUCUACAUGAACCAGUAAUAUUUUAUAAUCAUAUGUGCACUGUUAUAUACACCACAUACAUUAUUUAUAAAACAAUACUGGAUAUUUAUAAAACAAUACUGGAUAGUCUUCCAAGUUAGCUCUGUACCUUUCUCUGUCCUAGCUCUGGGACUUGCUUGUCUCGGUGGUUGCUUCUUAAAUUUACCCCAGGUUUUGACAGAAUUGGGAAAAACUGCAUUUUCACUAUUAUUAUUAUUUUUGUUAUUGUGGAUUUUGAUAUGUGUUGCAUUUUAAUAUGUAAUGAUUUGUAUGGCUGGUAUCGACUUUCUUGUAAAAUAGAUUUUUAAUAUCAGUGGGGCAUCUCGGUAUAAAGAUAGAAUUUUUUAAAAAAUUGCAAACCUCUAUAUCUAUGAAACAUUCCAAACAGGCCUUUUUGUUUGUUUGUUUUUAUUUUGAGUAAUUAAUAACUUCCUCCCAGAUCUCCCAGUCUUUUGUUGCUCCUGUGCCAAUGUGCUGCUGGUAUUAAAUUCAGAAUGAGAAUAUAUUUACAAAAAAA